AUGGCUGACCGAUAUGGUUCACGUAGCAGCAGCAGCUCUUCUCGUUCCUACUCUCGUUCAUCUUCUCGUUCCUACGGAGGCGGUCGAAGACAAAGUUAUGGAGGUAGAAGACAAAGCUAUGGUGGUCGAAGACAAUCAUCAUCCUAUGGUAGAAGACAAAGCUAUGGUGGUCGCAGACAAAGUUAUGGAGGUAGAAGACAAUCAUCAUCCUCUCGAUCCUAUGGUAGAAGACAAUAUUCCAAUAAUAGAUCCUAUGGUAGAAGACAAUCUUCCAACAAUAGAAGAUCCUACAGUGGAAAUCGAAGACAAUCUUCAUCCAGAAGACAAUCGAACAGAAGACAACAAUCAUCUUCAAGAAGACAAUCUAGAAGACAAUCCCAACAACAAAACAGAAGACAAUCUCAACGACCAUCUUCUAGAAGACAAUCUCAACAACAAAACAGAAGACAAACCCAACAACAACAACCAAGAAGAGAUGUUGCUGCUCGUGCUGUCGAUCAAGCUCUCGGAAGACGAGUUGCUGCUGGACCAACUGGUAACGCCAUUGCCAACAAGAUUUCUCAAAUGUAUGGAUCUACUACUAAGGCAGGUGGUUAUUGCGCUCGUGCUGUCAGAACUGCCAUUGAAGCUGCAACUGGUAAGACUUUACAAAGAACUCAAAGCGCCAAGAAUUAUGGACCUAGUUUGGAGAAGGCUGGAUUCCAAAAGGUAACUGGACCAGCAAGAAUUGGAGAUGUUGCUAUUUUCCAAAGUGUGCCAGGACAUCCACACGGACAUAUUCAAGUAUUGACUGAAAGAGGAUGGGUUUCUGAUUUCAAGCAAAGAGAUCAAUAUCCAGGUUCUGCUUACAGAAAUAGACAAGCUCCAAUGCAACUCUAUAGAGCUGAAUAA